AUGGCCUCCCCGAAUUCCCUCUCAUCUGCCUACAACAACGCCCUGUAUCAACAAGGAACCCGACCGAUGUCCCGAACCGCAGUUUCACGUUCUGGUUCCAGACGGGCCUCUCCAGCCCUACAAUACGCCGACGCCAAACAAUCAAUCUCAAGACAUUACUCUGGGGACAGCUCAGAUGAUGAGGUCCCAGAGCCAAAGUUCAGCGCUUCCGUGAAAGCGCUUCUCGAUGGAGACGGGUUGGGUUCGUCGCCACAUCUACACAAAGGUCAACAACAGCAUCAAUACCAACACCAACAACCCUCUUCAUACGAGCGGCGCUCGGCGACCGGAUCGCGACAACAUAGCCAAUCGCCGCGGAAUGCCUCGCCACAUGACCAGUCCAAUGGAAGUCCGGCACCUCGGGUAGUCCGAAUUGGUGCCAUUUCAUCCUCUUCGAGAUUCUCCCGCGAGGGCUCUCCGCUUUCGAAUAAUCAGAGUGCCGAUUCCGAAGCUCAAGACCGACCCAAUGACUUCAUCACGCCCGCUCCCCGACCACGGAGUGUUCGGAUCAAUGCCUCUCGAAGCAGUACCCGCUCCCCAGCAUCCAUUUCGCCAUCAUUGAAACGGUCAACGGAACGCCAGCCAGGUGACGAGUAUGGAAGUGGUGAGCGGUCUGACAGUGACCGAAAAUCGCGUUACGAUGAUGAUCCUGUCUUGCGAAUCGGUACUUCAUCAGUCUUGCGCGGUCGCACUGGAGAGGAUAUUGCGCCCCAUAGCUCUCUGCGGGUGAAGCGAGUUGGUCGACUUACUGGUACAUUCCUGAAUGGACCUGCGCGGCGAGGCGUGUUGCGUCGACAAAGUGAGGAGAAUAACGAAGAUAAUUACUUGCUGAAUGACGGCAUUAUUCGGGAGCAUGACGAGCCGCAAGAUGCCAAUGCUGAAUAUCGUUAUCACUCUCAACGCCCUGCGAAGCAAUCAUCACCGAAGCAAUCAUCACCGAAGCAAUCAUCACCGAAGCAAUCAUCACCGAAGGUGUCCUGGGCAGAUCCCAGCCCUUCUCAUGAUAACGAUGAACAAGACCAACAACAACAUCGGCCCCUCCCGGAUCGACCCGCGAGUCGGGUCGGUGGAGAAGGUCUUUUCUCACGCUCCUCGUCGCCGAAGUCUUAUGUAUCGCAGUCCAAGUCCACGCCAGGGUCCUCAGAAGUGUCGUCCAAAUCGUCGAGUGCUCAGGAGCAACCUGCCUUCAAGGUACCGUCAUUACCACCAUCACUUCCUUCCGCGAGGGAUCAAGAGAAUGAACCUCCACCAACGUUCAAGCGCGCCAAACCACAGGCCCUCAAUUUGCUAGAUAAGCCCGAGAAGUACUCCGUCGUAUACGAUACGGACAAGAAAGAUGUUGCCGCCGAAACCCCCGCAGGUAAUUCUCCCCGGAGGAUUCUUGCGAGCCGAAGCAACAACACUCCACACAGACCGGCUCCUCCGCCUCCGAAGAUGUCGGUUCUCGAAACUGCCACAGCUACUGGUGGUGCUUCUACAUCGCAGUCCCGUAAGAAGCGGACGCAGGUCUCGAUUAAUCACAAGCACUUCACCCGUCUUGACUGUAUUGGUCGGGGUGGAAGCUCUCGUGUAUAUCGUGUCAUGGCUGAGAACUAUAAGAUCUUCGCUCUCAAGCGAGUGAAUCUGGAAGAUGUCGACCCUUUGACUUUGACUGGGUACAAGGGUGAGAUUGAUCUUUUGAAGAAGCUUGAAAAUGUUGAUCGGGUGGUGCGCCUGUUUGACUGGGAGCUCAACCUGGACAAACAUUGCCUUAGUGUUUUGAUGGAAAUUGGUGAAUCUGAUCUGGAGAAGAUUCUGACCUACCGUCUUAAUGCUGAGGACGCUGUGUUCGACAUCAAUUUUACCCGAUUUUACUGGAAGGAGAUGCUGGAAUGUGUUCAAGCUGUCCAUAACUUCAACAUCGUCCACUCCGAUUUGAAGCCAGCAAACUUCUUGAUGGUCCAGGGUCGGCUGAAAUUGAUUGACUUUGGUAUUGCCAAUGCCAUUCAAGACAACACCGUCAAUGUCCACCGAGAGCAACAAGUCGGCACACCUAACUACAUGUCUCCAGAAGCUUUGGUUGAUUCCAAUGCAUCCCUCGGCCUCCCGGCUAGUGUGGGCAAGAUGAUGAAACUUGGCAAACCCAGCGAUGUGUGGAGUCUGGGCUGUAUUCUGUACAAAAUGGUGUACGGCCAGCCGCCUUUCGCCAAGAUCGCAAAAUAUUACGAGCGUAUCAUGGCAAUCCCGAACCCUCGUGUUCAAAUUGAUUUCCCCUCGCACGGUGUCGGCGGUAUUCCGGUGCCUCCUGGAUUAAUCAAGACCCUGAAACGAUGCCUUCAGCGCGACCAGACUCUUCGCCCAACCAUUGAAGAAAUGCUCGGUCCCCGGGAUCCCUUCCUGCACCCCGAUGCCCAACUCGAGGGUGCCGUACCUGUUACACAGGACAUGCUGGGUCGCAUUCUGGCUAAUGUUGUCAACCACUGCAAGGUCCGGGGCAUUCCCAAAGAAGAAGAGCUGGCUGCAUGGCCUGCGGGAUUCUUUGCAAAAAUAAAAGCAGCACUCGAAGAAGAAAGUUCUUGA